AUGUUCCUUUCCAUUGAUCUGUUCGUGAUGCCGAUGAUAGGCUUUGAUGUUAGUCUGGAUAUGGACUGCCUUGCAGAUUAUUGUGCCAUCUUAGACUGUGCCGCGAGGACAGUUACAUUUCACAUUCCCAGCUUGCCAGUAUUCCAGUUUGUCGCCGAGCCCAGGGGAGAGCCGUUAUCUAGUUUCUUGGCUUUUGUCAUCAAGGAUUCUGUAGCAGGGUGUAUUGAGCAGUUGCCAGUUGUUUGUGAGUACCCGGAUGUGUUUCAGGAGAUCCCGAGUUUGCCGUGUCGGCAGGUGGAGUUUCAGAUUGAUCUGGUUUCUGUCACUGGGACUGUGACUAAGUUAAAUCAACUUGGUCGACAUCGAAGCAGGCUAGGUAGUGAACUCCCUUCUAUCAUUUUCCUUUUACCAACAACAACAUGGCUAUUGGAGAUGCAAUCAGUUUUGGUCGGAACCCAGUUCCGGCUGAACUCUGCUUUAGCAGGCAUCCUACCUUCGUAA